AUGCUGAUCAAGGCCUCUGCACAUUACAAUGUUGCCAUACCAAUCAAUAUCAGAAUGAUUGAAACCCUCGAUCAUACCAACUGGUUGGCAUUGCCCAAUCGUCAGUUGAGCACCCUCAGCAAACACUACGAUAUUGUGAAUCAACUUCCACACCGAGCCCUUUCCGAUGUGAUCACACUGAUCAAAGUGAUCGAGGAGAUGUACCUGGACCCUCAGAAUCCAUUCUGGAAGGAUCAUCCCUUAGCCCCAGAGGACAUCCCUGCAACGAUGUUUUGGGAUCACCUGUUAUAUAUCAGAUCCAAGAUGGCAGCACCACAGCGGAAUAGGACAUUGAAUGGAAAGGAGGAACAAAACGAGAUGGACGACCUUCACAAAGAUAUUCCCGAGCAACAAGAGUCCGUUGUGCUUGGUGAAGAGCCACAACACAGCAAGAACAAGAAGAACAAGAAGAACGAGAAGAACGAGAAGAACGACAACAAACAGAACAAGAGAGGCAAGCCCAACAGGUGUGGAAAUUGCCAACAAACAGGCCACAACAAGACAACAUGCAAGAGCAAGCCUGUUGUUGAUUCAAAGUCCGCCAAGACCGCCUCUGCCAUUCCUCUGCCCACCCCACUGUCCAUUGACUCUGACGACUUAAUGAUCACUGGCGACGCUGGUCCCAACCCUGACGCGAAGGCUUCACGAACACCUUCAACAAUGCCUAGCCUAUCAUCCAAGUUCACUUCAUGUGGCUUGGACGAUCCCGAUUAUCGCCAACGUCUCGAAGCUGGUUGGCUCAAGUCAUCCCAUUUCUCCCAUAUCAUCAGUUUGAUUCUUUGCCAACAGUUCACGAAAGACGGUCUACAGAGUCAACCAAACCACCUAUUCUUUGGUGAGCCAGACUGGACAGUAGAKCGUUUUGAUAUAUCGUCACAUCGUGGAAAGGUAAUCAUUGUUCCUCUCAACAAUAAUUAUCACUGGCUCCUCUGCAUGAUCAUARUUCCACCCAAGAGGAUGGACGUGGAAGUACUCAUUGUCGAUAGCUUUGCGCAUAAAAAGAAUGGCCCCACUACAACAGCAAACAUCGACSACACGUACCGCAACCUCAUUAUCAGCAAUCUGACAUUUGGCACUGAUAACAUCUCGCGUGCACACGGCAACACAAUAUACACUGGUCAUCAACACUCAGAGG